CAGCGCGCACUUAAAAACUACACUUCCCAUAAUGCAAGCGCACCAGUCUUCCUGUCAUACGAAGGCAAAGAGAGCCGAGCAGCUGGUUCUUUCUUUCUCACCCACGAACACGAGCGGUCCACUGCAGCACUGAGGAGUUAUCCUUUGCAGCCCGAGCAUCGCUUCUCUCCAUCCGUUCCUCCAUCCUCUCUCUGUAAUUAUCCAUCUGCAGGGCCGUGGGAAGCCAGCAAGGUUGAAGGUCUGUGAGACAGUGGGACAUGUUGACCCUGCGCUUCGGACAGCAUUUCAUCAAGGCCUCGGCCGUGUUCCUGCAGACGGAGCUGUCCUUCGCUCUGGUCAACAGGAAGCCUGUGGUGCCCGGACAUGUGUUGGUGUGCCCUCUGAGACCAGUGGAGCGUUUUCGGGAUCUUCGGCCGGAUGAGGUGGCAGACUUAUUCAGCACCACUCAGAGAGUCGCCGCCCUGGUGGAGAAGCACUUCAACGCCACCUCACUCACCAUCGCUGUCCAGGACGGCCCUGAAGCCGGACAAACCGUGAAGCAUGUCCACGUCCAUGUGCUGCCCAGGAAGGCCGGAGACUUUGAACGGAAUGACAGCGUCUACGAUGAGUUGCAGAAGCACGAUCGAGAAGAUGAGGACGCUCCCUCCAGAUGGAGAUCGGAAGAGGAGAUGGCAGCAGAAGCUUCAGAGUUGAGGAAACAGCUUGAGAAGCCCUAAAUGGAUGGUGUUCUACACUCCACAUCAGAGUCAGCAGUGGACUGGACUGGACUGGAGGAUUACAGGGACACCUGACAUUAAUGUGGACCUUUACCUUCAUUUCCAUAGAUUUGAUGUGUUUCUUUUCUAAAAUAAAAUGCAAAUAAACAGCUUGUGA